UCUGAAGUCUCCUGGACCACCUUUUCCUUAUCCUCUUUUUGGGCUAUAUUCAUAUCAAUUUUGCUGACCUUAUAAUUUGGCCCUUACAUUCUUAACUGUUUCUUUGGUUUUGUCUCCUCCAGACUUAAAACUAUGCAGUUACCAAGAUGACAAUGCCAGGUGCCUACUGAACACCUUUAGAUAGACACUCUGUAAACUCUGACUGCUGAUCACAACUACGACCCUCUUCAGCUGGAUGUAGCCAGAACUGUCUUUGCCAUUUGCCUCCACACAACAUUUAGGAGUUCUUCUUCAGAGGGGGGAAUAUUGCAUACAGAGCCGACCUGAAGUUUCAGCAUCAUCAGCCAACUUUCCAAAUCCUAAGUCAUGGAGGGGAAUCAGGAGACGUCUCUCUUCCUGGUGAAGAUUUUGGAGGAGUUGGACAGCAAGCAAAAUACCGUGUCCUACCAGGACUUGUGCAGAUCCCUGUGUGCCCGCUUUGACCUGUCCCAGCUCACUAAACUGAGAAGCGUGCUUUUCUACACGGCUUGUCUCGAUCCCAACUUCCCAGCCACAUUAUUCAAAGACAAGAUGAAAUGCACCGUGAAUAACCAGCAGUCAAAGAAGAUCAUGGUGGCAGCAGAUAUCGUGACGAUAUUCAACCUGAUCCAGAUGAACGGGGGCGCUGCCAAGGAGAAGCUGCCCACAGGCCGCCCCAAGGUGCACAAGAAGGGAGCCUCCUUUGAAUCGUGCAGGUCAGACACAGAGGUUUGUAGUGUGGAUGAGUGUGAGCCCUUGACCUGUGAAUUGAACGAGCAGCCCUUCAGCCAUGGCUACCCUACCCGGCAGUCUGCCAAGUGCCGGAAAAGGGACUGCAAGGACUGUCCACAGUUCGUCCCUGCCUCUGAGCCCAACUUUCUGCUGGGUGUCAGCAAGGAGGGGAAGAGCCGGGCCACCUCCCUCGACAGGCUGCAGGCCCUGGCCCCGUACUCAGUGGCCAGCCCUCAGCCCUGCGAGAUGCAGAGGACGUACUUCCCCAUGAACCUGGAGAGUGAGUCCAUGUCGGACCAGGAGCCCCUGCCCAUCAGCCAGGGCCUCAAGGAGACCUUCAUGCCCCCUGAGGAGCCCUUUGUGGUCCAGACCUGUGUGCAGAAAAGGAACAUCUUCAAAGAGGACUUUCACAACCUCAUGCCAGUAUCUCCCAGCUUUGUUGGCCCAGGCAACAAGGCCGAGGGUGAGCAUGGGGAGCCCCAGGGGCGCAAGGAGCCCCAGAAGCCCCCCUUCUUCAAUCACAGCUUUGAGAUGCCCUACCACAGCCAGUACCUGAAUCCCAUGUAUUCUCCUGUGCCAGACAAGCGGCGAGUGAAGCAUGAGAGCUUGGAUGAUCUCCAGGCCUCUACCUACUUCGGACCCACUCCAGUGAUGGGGACCCAGGAUGCCAGGCACUGUCCGGGGAGGCCCAGCAAGCAGACUCCCUGGCCAGUCAAGAGCUGGAGCCUGAACACUGAGGAGGUCCCGGACUUCGAGCGGUCCUUUUUCAACAGAAAUCCCUCCGAGGAGAAGCUACACUACCCAAAUCCCAGCAACCAGACCCCUAAUUUCUCAACCCCAGACAGGCGCCCGGCUUACUUGGUGCCGAAGGAUCCACAGCAAAUUCUACCUGUUGGCUACGUGGCCAAGCCAAAUGUGCUCAAAUCCAAGGAGCUCUCCUCUCCUGUUGACCUGGAGAAGCUGGAACCAGCGAAGAAGUUCAAGAACAAGACCAUUGGCUGUGCCAGCCGACAGGUCAGCUCCGACACCAGCAGUGUGGGCACCCAGACAGAGCAGCACACAAUGGAGCCCAAGAAAUGCAAAGAUCUGUGUGCAGCGGCUCAGAGCAAGUAUGGAGACAGACACGCUGGGAAGCACUCGGAUGAUGACUCAGAGGUUGUCAGCGAUGACAUCAGCGACAUCUUCCGAUUUCUCGAUGACAUGAGCGUCAGUGGCUCCACCGGGGUAAUACACUCGUCCUGCUACAACAGCACUGGGUCCCUGUCUCAGCUCCACAAGUCAGACUGUGACAGCUCCCCAGAACACAACCUCACCAGAAUUACCAGCGGGGUCCCCACAAGCAAGGCAGACAAGGGCAGCCGGCCUGAAAAUCUGCACCGCUCAGAGGAGGAGCUGAAGACCAGUGUGUGCAAGCUUGUGCUCAGGAUCGGGGAGAUCGAGAGGAAGCUCGAGUCGUUGUCAGGUGUCCGAGAGGAGAUCUCCCAGGUCCUCGGCAAGCUGAACAAACUAGAUCAGAAGAUGCAGCAGCCAGAGCAGGUGCAUGCACACAUGGAUCUGAACUCUUUGACCAGUGAGGCCCCGUCUGAUGACAGCGCCUCCCCCAGGGUAUUCCAUGCCCACAACAGUACCCACACUCCCAAGCUAGAGCCCAGUGGGGAGUGGUGCUGCUCCGAUGCCAGUGGUAGCAACAGUGAAAGUCUGCGGGUCAAGGCCCUGAAGAAAAGCCUCUUCGCCAGGCCGUCUUCCAGGUCCCUGACUGAGGAGAACAGCGCUACGGAGUCCAAAAUAGCCAGCAUCUCCAAUUCCCCCCGAGACUGGCGCACCAUCACUUAUACCAGCCGUGUGGGCCCCAGUGAGGAGGAGGUAAAGGAUGUGGAUGCCGGAGACACCAAGGACUGGCACCGGAAAUCCAAAGAGGCUGACAGGCAAUAUGAUGUCCCCCCGCAGCACCGCCUGCCCAAGCAACCGAAGGACGGCUUCCUGGUGGAGCAGGUGUUCAGCCCCCACCCCUAUCCUGCGUCCCUCAAGGCCCACAUGAAGAGCAACCCCCUGUACACGGACAUGCGGCUGACAGAGCUGGCUGAGGUACGACGAGGUCAGCCCUCCUGGACAGUGGAGGAAUAUGCACGGAAUGCUGGUGACAAAGGCAAGCUGGCGGCUCUGGACCUGCAGACACAAGAAUCUUUAAAUCCAAACAACUUAGAGUAUUGGAUGGAAGACAUUUAUACUCCAGGCUAUGAUUCACUACUGAAACGGAAAGAAGCUGAAUUCAGACGAGCCAAAGUCUGCAAGAUAGCUGCUCUGAUUGCGGCUGCUACGUGCACUGUCAUCCUCGUCAUUGUCGUGCCCAUCUGCACCAUGAAGUCAUGAGCCCAUGGACUGGUGUUGCGUGCAGCUUACUGUGAUCAGUGUCUUCCUCUGUGUUUUAAAAGCUUGCAGCAAUGUGGCCACAGAUUAUUGAAAUAAAGAUGAAAUCACGGAAGCUUUUCUGUAAAUGCUAAAGGUAGUCUUAAGAGCAUAUAUAGAGAGACAUCUACCUACCUAUUAGCUUUGACUUAAUUAUACUCUUGAUGCACUUUUAGAAGUGCAAUAUCUUUUCCUACCAAAAGAAUGUAAUGGACUAUCAGUAAAUCCAAAUUAAAUAUUCUAAGCAAAAAAAAGGGGAAGAUUAAUUGGAUUCUUCCCAUUUUGAUGAUGUUUUAUGGCAGGGUAUAAAUUAUACAGAGGGUAUUUAAUACAUUAAUACAAGGUAUUAAUACCUUGGAAAAGCUAAGGGAGAUAGGGAGAUGAGAAAAAAGGGAUGAGCUGUUUUCCUUACUGCUCUGAGGCCAUUGCUGGUAAAGAAAUAGGGUGUAUAUCCUUCAAGGAUCAGACUUCUUGGUGACUUUUCUCAAGGGCUGCUGACUUUGUGCUUGCCCUUCUCUCAUCACUGCAGCAGUGUCUGCCUCCUUGUGGAUUUUUCAUGGGAACAGACUGGACCUUCCUCCUUGUGCCCAGGGGAGGAAGGAGUAAGAUUACCAAGCCAAGCAUGGUCCAAACUGUGCUUUUUCUGCAUAGCAGGCCAAGGUAGUCAGGCCCGGAGAACUUCUAGUCGCCAAUCCAUGAUGUGCAGGAGCUGCUUGCUGCUGGUGUAAGGUCAAUAUUCAGAAGUUAUAGUCACCCCCAAGGAUGUCCCCCUCUUGCUUUGGCAUGUGGCCCCAGUCCUCAACUCUCUCUCUCAGUGGAACCAGAUGUUUUACUCUGGAGAGCUUGGAACUUGUCCUUGUGCCUUGAAGAGCAGAGACAAUGGCAAAAUGUCGACAUUAUAAC